AGGACCCUGUGGCCACUCAGCAUGUCCCAGCGACACUCGGACAGCUCCUUGGACGAGAAGCUGCUGGAAUACCGCUUCCACUCGGAGCUGCGGCUUGAUGCCAAGGGGAACCCGGCGUCCGGGCUCCCGAUAGUCCGGGGCACCCUGCAGGUCAGGGACAAUGAAGGCUUCCAGCUCGAUACCUCUGCGCCUGCACCCAUGUCCCCCAAGGACGAGGAGCCCCGGGCUGUUGUCCUGAGCACGCAGAGCCCCGUGGCCCUCAAGAUGGGCACCCAGCAGCUGAUCCCCAGGAGCCUGGCCGUGCUGAGCAAGACCAAGACCCCGGCGCGCCACCAGAGCUUCGGGGCGGCCAUGCUCAGCAAGGAGGCUGCCCGCCGGGACCCCCGGCUCCUCCCGACUCCCAGCUUCUCCCUGGACGACAUGGACGUGGACGUGGGUCCCGGGGGGGCGCUCCGACGGAACCUGCGGAACCAAUCCUACCGGGCGGCCAUGCAGGGCCUGGAGGGGCGGGGCAGGGAGCGGGGGCCCCCCCAGCUCAGCCCCAAGCUCCAGGCUCUGGCUGAGGAGUCCAGCCAGCCUCCUGCUCGGUGCCCGGCCAAGAACAAGAGGACCCUGGGGCGGAAACGUGCACACAAGGGCUCCUUCAAGGACGACCCCGGCUUCUACCAGGAGAUCCGCGAGCGGGGCCUCAACACCAACCAUGAGUCUGACGAUGACCUGCUCGACGAGGCGUCCGGCCGCGACGGGACCGGGAAGGCAGACGCCCCCAUCGUGGUCAAGAGCUACCGGCCGGCGCAGAUCACCUGGAGCCAGCUCCCGGAGGUGGUGGAGUCUGGCAUCCUGGACAAGCUGCCUGCUGAGGAACGCAAGAGGCAGGAGGCCAUCUUCGAGAUCCUCACGUCCGAGUUCUCGUACCAGCACAGCCUGGGCGUCCUGGUGGCCGAGUUCCUGCGGUCCAGGGAGCUGCAGGCGACCAUGACCCAGACGGAGCACCACCACCUCUUCUCCAACAUCCUGGACGUCCUGAGCGCCAGCCAGAGGUUCUUCCAGGCCCUGGAGCAGCGGCACAAGGCGCAGGUGUGCGUGGAGGACAUCAGCGACAUCCUGGAGGAGCACGCGGAGAAGCACUUCGGUCCCUACGUCGCCUACUGCUCCAACGAGGUGUACCAGCAGCGCGCCCUGCAGAGGCUGACGAGCAGCAACGCCGCCUUCCACGAGGCCCUGAGGGAGAUCGAGAAGCGUCCUGCGUGCGGGGGCCUCCCCAUGAUCUCCUUCCUCAUCCUCCCCAUGCAGAGGGUGACGCGGCUGCCCCUCCUGACGGACACCCUCUGCCUCAAGAGUCAGGGCCAUCCUGAGAGGUAUGAGGCCGCCAGCCGCGCGCUCAAGGCCAUUAGCAAGUUGGUGAGACGGUGUAAUGAGGGGGCCCACAAGAUGGAGCGCACGGAGCAGAUGUACACGUUGCACACACAGCUGGACUUCAGCAAGGUCAAGUCCCUGCCGCUGAUCUCUGCCUCGCGCUGGCUGCUGAAACGCGGGGAGCUCUCCGUGGUGGAGGAGGCCGGGCUCUUCCGGAAACUGGCUAGCCGGCCCACCUGCUACCUGUUUAUGUUCAACGAUGUCCUGGUGGUCACCAAGAGGAGGAGCGAGGACAGCUUCCUGGUGCAGGACUACGCCCAGGUGGAGCACCUCCAGGUCCAGAAGAUGGAGCCCUCCGACCCCUCCCUGCAGGGGGGCGGCGGUAGCCGCAGCUCCUCCGUGCCACACCCCUUCCAGGUGACGCUGCUGCACAACAGCGAGGGCCGCCAGGAGAGGAUCCUGCUGUCCUCGGACUCCGCGAGCGACCGGGCCCGCUGGAUCAUGGCGCUCACACACGGGAAGCGGCGGGGCCCCGCCAACAAAGGAGACCUGCUCCAGGUAGAGAUCACCAGGGCCUACCUGGCCAGGCAGGCGGACGAGAUCAGCCUGCAGCAGGCGGACGUGGUCCUGGUUCUGGAGCAGGAGGACGGAUGGUUGUAUGGCGAGAGACUGAGAGACGGGGAGACGGGCUGGUUCCCCGAGGACUUUGCCCAGUGCAUCACCAGCCGCGUGGCCGUGGAGGGCAACGUGCGCAGGAUGGAGCGGCUGCGUGUGGAGACGGGCGUGUAGCCUGCUGGCCCGCUCCCUGGCGGGGCCUGGCUGCCCACGGGUCUCCCCGAGCGCCGGUGACAGACACGUCCGGGGAGGAAGAUCACACGCGCUGUCCAGCCCGGGGGCCACCUCCCCGCAGGCUCCCAGGGCCUCGCCAGCCUGACCCUGCACCUCCCACGCGUCCUGUGCACCCACAGCGCCACCGUGCAGGGCAUGUGACUUGACACAGGACAUGGGCCCAGCUCCCUCCCUCACCUCUCCUGCCCCCCACAUGGGACAGGGGGCCAGUGUGUCCAGGGCAGCCCCCCUUUCUGAGGGGAGGUCCCCCUGGAGGGAGGUGGCUCUGUGGUGCCAGAGCUGAAAUCCCCGCUGAAGUUUUCACAGACAUUAAAGUAUUUCUUUAA